UCUAUUCACUAUUUUAUUUUUUUUUUUGCUGGCUUCUGUGUCGGCUAUAUAUCGGCGUUUGUAUCUGUAUCUGCAUCUGCAUCUGUUCCUAUUCACACAGAAAGCGCUGGUUUGGUUCCGUUACGUUACUCAUUGUCUUCGAUUUUCUGAUCUGCACUUUCGAUCUGUUCGCUCACGCCUGAUCCGGCUCUGCAUCUCCGGAGCACAAUGACGGAGGAGCAGGUGGUGAAUGUGAGCGGCGAAGAAGGAAAUUCGGGCGACGAUCACCGCGGCGUAAAUGCCAAGGGAGUUGCACACACUGUGGAUGGCGAUGUGGAUCUCGCCUCCGGCGGAGCUUCGUCGGAGAAAUUGGCGGUGAAAAAUUGCAAGGAUGCAGAGGCUAACGGUACGGCGGAGGAAGCUUCUGAAGAGGACGGUGAAUUGAAACGUGUAUACAGUGAAGGCGGCGCAGGAUCCGUUCGGAACGGUGUCGUGGAGAAUGAGACUCCUGCUGCUGCUGCGGAUGAGCUAAUUGCGGAUCACGAGGAAUACGUUGUUGUCGGUGCCUCGGAUGUUCAAAACAGUGUCGCUGCGGAGGGCGAGAUUGUCGGUGAUGCUAAUGGGAACGUCAAUGAAGUUGAGGAAUGCGAACUUUUGGAUCGUGCGGAGGUUUCUGGAGAUGAAAACGGUGUCGUUGUGAAUGUCGUGGAGGGAGAUACUGACGUGAAUCAAGGUGAUCGUGACUUCGAAUGUGUUGAAGUUCACAAUGAUGUGGCGAUGGUGGACGGAGCUGAGGAGGAAGUGACUGCUGCUGCUGAUGCGAACGGUGGAGAUGACGUGCAGAGUAAAAGUGAGCCUAUCUCUGAUAAAGAUGUGGAAGAAAGUGGGGAAAUCGAAAAUGUUGUUAGUGCAGAUGUCUCGGAUGAGAAAGACAUUGUAACUAACGAAAAUCAUGAUGUGGAAGAAGUCACCGAGAGGAAUGAGGUUCCUGUUGAUGUUGGUGGCGUCUCAGGUACUACAGAUGUGAAGGAAUAUGAACCUGAAGACGCUCGAAAUAGUUCAGAGACUGGGCAGAUUGAGUCUGCCUCUGGUUUGGCAGAGUCAGAGCAUGAGCCUAGUGAGUGCACUGAGGAGAAUGAAAUUGUUGUUGAAGGUGAAUCGGGCAGUAAGUCGGAAAGGUCUGAGCAGGAAGCAGGAAGUGAACUAGUUAAUAAAGGAGAAAGUACGACAGCCUUAAACAUAACAGAUGUGAAUGGAGAUGGUGAUGUUGUGUCUCAUAUUGCAGUGGAGAGCACAUCUGAAUCUUCUGUUAAUGUUUGUAAGAUGAAAAGCAAUGCGGUUGAUUGUGAUGGUGAACUUAAUGUUCAUGUACAGGAGAUGAAAAAUGCUGCAGUAGAUAGUGAAGCUGGAACUUCAAAUGGUGCAGUGCAGAAUGAAAGUACACCUUCAGCUGAGUCUGAGAUGGAAAACAGUAUAGAGGAGGUUGAGGCUGAACCUUCAAACUUUGCAGUGGAGGGUGAAGCUAAACCUUCAAAUGGUGCAGCGGAGAGGGAAGUUGAACCUUCAAAUGGUGCAGUGGAGAGGGAAGUUGAACCUUCAAAUGGUGUGGUGGAGAGUAGAACUGGACCUUCGAAUGGUGAAUUUGAGAGUGUACCUGAACCAUCAAAUGGGGCACUUGAGAGUGUAGCUGAAUCUUCAAAUGGUGCAGUUGAGGAUGAAGCUGAUUCUUCAAAUGGUGCAGUUGUAACUGAAAUCAAGACAUUAAAUGGUGCAGUUGAGAUUGUAGCUGAACCUUCGAAUGGUGCAGUUGAGUUUGUAGCUGUACCUUCGAAUGGUGCAAUUGAGGGUGAAGUUGAACCUUCAAACGAGGAAGUUGUGAGUGAAGCUGAUUUAUCAAAUGGUGCAGUUGAAAGUGUAACUGGGCCUUCAAAUGGUGCAGUUGAGGUUGAAGCUGAAUCUUCAGCUGUGAAUGAAGCUGAGCCAUCAAAUGGUGCAGUUGAACCUUCAAAUGGUGAAGUUGAGGGUGAAGUUGAACCUUCAAGUGGUGCAGUUGAGAGUCAAACUGAACCUUCAAAUGGUGCAGUUGAGAGGGAAGCUGAACCUUCAAAUGGUGAAAUGGAGAGUGAAGCUGAACCUUCAGAUAGGGAAGUGGAGAGGGAAGCUGAAUCUUCAGAUGGUGCAGUGGAGAGAGAAGCAGAACCUUCAGACGGGGUAGCAGAGAGAGAAGCUGAACCUUCAAAUGGUGAAGUUGAGAGAGAAGCUGAACCUUCAGAUGGUGCAGUGGAGAGAGAACUUGAACCUUCAAAUGGUGUACUGGAGAGAGAAGCUGAACCUUCAAAUGGUGCAGUGAAGAGAGAAUCUGAACCUUCAAAUGGGUCAUUCGAGAGAGAAGCUAAACCUUCAGAUGAUGUAGUUGAGAGUGAAGUAGAACCUUCAAAUGGUGAAGUGGAGAGUGAAGUUAAACUUUCCAAUGGUAUAGUUGAGGGUGAAGCGGAACCUUCAAACGAAGUAGAGAGUGAAGCUAAACCUUCAAAUGAUGUAGUAGAGAGUGAAGCUAAACCUUCAGACAUUGUAGUUGAGAGUGAAGCUAAACCUUCAGAAGGUGUAGUUGAGAGUGAAGCUAAACCUUUAAAUAGUAUACUUGAGAGUGAAGCUAAACCUUCAAAUGGUGUAGUAGAGAGUGAAAGUGAAUCUUCUGUUGAUUUGCGUGAGAUGAAAAACAAUGCAGUGAAUAGUGAAGCUGAACUUUCAACUGGUGCACUGAAGAGUGAAACUGAAUCUUCUGCUGUAUCUGACAUUAAAAGGUAUCCAUUGGAGAUUGAAGAUGAACAUUCAAAGGGGGCAGUGGAGGGUGAAGCUCAACCUGUAGUUGAAGGUGAAGGCAGCAAUCAAGGAGAUGAAGACACAAGACCUGCCUUGGAUGCUUCAGAUGUACAGAAUGUGGGUGCAGAGAUAGUGAAAAAGCCAUUCUUCUAUUUGAUCAGGGUUCCCAGAUAUGAUGAUGAUGAAAACAUUAAAGAGCAGAUUGAAAAAACUCUUCGCCAAGUAGAAGAGAAGACUAAAAUUCGAGAUUCUAUUCGAGCUGAAAGCCAGACUAUAAAGGCCCGUUGUAAGGAUUGCGACCAAGAAGUUAAGGCUGCAAUAGCAGCCCACAGAGCUGCUCGGGACCAGCUCAAAUCCAAACGCCAGGAAAUGGAUUCGGUUCAAUCCAAAAUGAACAGAUUAAACAAUGCAAUUUCUGUUGGGGAUAUAGAUGGCAAGAUAAGAAACAUGGAACACAUGAUUCAGCAUGAAACUUUGCCUUUGAAUGAAGAAAAGCAAUUGAUACGCCAAAUCAAACAAUUGAAGCAGAAUCGAGAGGAGCUGUCUUCUAAUAUGAGAAAGCAGGAUCAAUCACAACAAUCUCUAGACCACAAGGAGGGCAAUAUUGAAGAGCACUCUAAGCAUUUACAGCUUCUGAAGAAGGAAAUGGAAGUGCUUAGAAAUAAUGUUCUGAAGUUAGAUGCGGCAACUAAAGACGCAAAGAAGAAAUAUAAUAAUGAAUAUGAUAAGCUGAAUGAGUUGAUUGCUCAGUUUAAGGCAGCUGAUGAAGUUCGUCAAGAGGCAUACGCUAAGUCAGUGACUUUGAAAAAACAAUUGCAUGAGAAGGGCAAACAUUUCUGGGAUUACAGAAAGGCUGCAAAUAAAGCGCAGGAACUAGCAGCAGGAGGGAAAAAAGAGGAGCUACAAUGCUUCUGUGUUGAUCAGGUUGAGAGAAUUAUGGAGCUAUGGAACAAAAAUGACGAUUUCAGAAGGGACUAUGUCCGAUGCAACACUAGGAGUACACUUAGGAGACUGCAAACCCUAGAUGGCCGAUCACUUGGUCCUGAUGAAGAACCCCCUGUAAUUCCUAAUGUCAUAACUGUAAGAGCUUCCAAAAAUAUUUCCGUGGUCUCGCAAUCAACUCUGGAACAAGAAAAGAAACCCCCCUCAACAGAAUCUGUUAUUAUAAAGGAGGAACCUGUUUCGAAGGUUGUAGUGCAAAAAACUGAGACUAGUCAGACAACUAAAGCUAAAAAUCCUACCAAGCCUUCUCCCUUAGAGAAAACUGUGGCUCGCUGGGGUGAUGAGUCUGAUGAAGAAGUUAAAAACGAAGAACCUGUGAGAACAAAGGAGGAAGAGGAACUGUUACUGAAGGCUGAAAAGGCAAAGAAGGAGGAAGAGGAGGCAAUGUUGAAGGAAAAGCGGAGGCUAGAGGAGAUUGAGAAAGCUAAGGAGGCCCAGCAGAGGAAAAAGCGUAAUGCAGAGAAGGCUCAACAAAGGGCUGCCUUAAAGGCACAAAAAGAAGCUGAACAGAAAGAGAAGGAAAGGGAGAAGAGGGCAAGGAAGAAGGAAAGAAGAAAGGCAGCUUCUGCUGUCACUGCAGAUAAUAUAGAACAAGAAUCUGCUCCUACCUCAGAAAUUCUAACAAGAAGUUUGGAAGAACAUGAUCAGAGUGAGAAACCAACUGAGCUAACAAAAAAGCCGCAGAAACCAUCUCAAUUCACGAAGCAGACCAAGCCAAAAUCUGUACCCCUGGCUCUCCGCAACCGGGGAAAGAGACGAAUUCAACCAUGGAUGUGGGUUCUAAUUGCAGUUAUAGUUGCUGCUGCCUUGUUUUAUGUGGGCAAUAGCAGCGUUCUGAGAUCUUCACUUCAAGGCUUUGGUUUCUGAAGACACUCCAGAGCAAUCACUAGGUGCGCGCGUCGGGGAUGUUACCCUUACAUAUUUAUUACAUACAUACAUAUAUAUAUAGAUGCAAUUCUUUCUUACCCCUGCAAUUUUUUCCUGCUAGUUUUGGCCUAUAGUCAUUAUUUUCUUCAUAUUGAGAUUUUUGUUUUUUACUUUGGGAUGUGUCGUGAUUGCCGAAUGCUUCUGCCACCAAUUAUGAGAAAAUAAUAAAUUAUUGUGAUUGUGCCCUUCA